GGAAGACGGAAAAGCAGGGGCUUGUCUUCUGGUUGAUGGUCGGUCGAUUGCAGGUGGCUUACGACCCAGGAAGGAAUCAAAGUCUAAGAAUUUUGUGAAAAUUGUCAUAGGAAUUAAAGUCGUGCAAUGGAAGACAAUAGGCAGAUUGUGACUACAAGGGAGAAUAGUUCACUAUCUUUUACGUUUUCUACACACCCUAAUUCUAACAUCCAUCGUCUUGUUAAUUUAACGCCGGUGAUGCAGCAAUGCCGGCCAACAGCGAAGCGAAACGACUCCCGCCGACACCUUUGUUUUCGAUAUGUAUUUUGGAUGUAUUAAGUCCCGCACUCCAGCCGACUUCAGAUGAGGAUUGCAUUACCAUCGGGGAACGCCAAUCUCUCUGGAACUCUAUGAUUAGCCAUACAUCCUCAGAUACUCCGUGGAUUGUUGGAGGUGAUUUUAACAUUAUUUGCAGCCUAGAUGAACACAGAGGACCUAUCUUGCCUAGCUUUAAAGGUAUGGAAGAUUUCUCUUCUUGCAUUGCUUUGUGUGAUCUUAAUAACAUUUCACCUAAGGGCGGAAUUUUUACGUGGCAUGGGAAAAGAUCCCAAGGCAAGGUCUGGAGGAGACUGGAUAGGGCUCUUGUGAACACAUAUGCCAUGAACUUCUUUGAUGACAUCACUCUUAACCACCUUAGCAGGAGUGGCUCGGACCACAAACCAAUCCUCCUUAAAGGUGCUAUAAACUCCUACAAAGGGCCCAAAAUGUUCAGAUUUCUCAACUGCUGGGUUUCUAAUGACACCUUCAUUCCUAUGGUUAAACUGAAUUGGGAAAAGUCUAGCAAUGUGAAUGGAAUGUCAGGCUUUGCUGAGAAACUCAAGAUCCUUAAAACAUCGAUUAAGGAGUGGAAUGUUUCAACGUUUGGAGAUAUCUUCGAAAAUGUUAAAAUGGCUGAAGAAGAGGCACUUGCUAGACAAAACUCCUUUGAUAAUAAUCCAACUAAAGACAACCGAGCUGCUGCAAACCUUGCAUCAGCCAAACUUCUAAAUGCAUAUCUCCUUAAGGCAUGUCAGGAGUUCUUCUUAGGAGUUAAGGUUCCGGUUGCUUUUGCAAGCACAAUUAUCACCUUAAUUCCCAAGGUAAACAGCCCCAUCAAAUGGAAAGAUUUCAGGCCAAUAUCCUUAUCAACAUUCAUGAGUAAGAUUAACUCUCGUAUUCUGGCAACGAGACUUAGCAUAGUUAUCAACAAAGUCAUUGGGCCUGAGCAAGCUGGAUUCCAGCAAGGGAAAUCUGUUGAUGAUCAGAUUCUCUUGGCUCAAGAGAUGGCUCACCAUCUUGAACGCAAGGUUGAAGGUGGCAACAUCAUAGUUAAGAUUGAUAUGGCUAAUGCGUUUGACAGAAUGAGCUGGACAUUCUUGGAGGCUGUUUUGGAAAAAAUGGGUUUUGAUGAAGAUGUCUCAAACCUCCUCCUUUCUAAUCUCAAGGCAACUAAAAUAUGGGCCAAGGUUGAGAGAAGGGAUAACGUUAAGACAAUACCUUUUCCAAUGGUGGAUCUCCUCCUCGAAGAACAACUUGAAAGGGAUUCUACGAGCUUGCUUGCCAGGAUUCCUCUUAUGGGCAAUAUGGAAAUCCUACUCUGCACACAUCGUCAAGUCCGCUCCACACUCAUUGGCCUUGGCCUCCUUGGCUAUGUCGAUGGGACACUCCCAUCCCCACCUCAGGUUGUCGAUGGUGCGGCAAACCCAUGCAACAUCAUUUGGUUUUGCCAAGAUCAAGCAAUUGUUGGUGCUUUGCUAGGAAGUUGCACCGACAUUAUUCAACCUCUAAUCUCAAAUGUCUCCACUGCUCGUGAUGCAUGGCUCAAUCUCCACUCUAGUUUUACAAGCGCGAGUCGCGACCAUGUUCUUGCACUCAAGUCUAAACUUGGCAAGAAUCCACGUGGAAAUCGUUCAAUCAAUGACUAUCUCCAUGAAAUGCAUUCCAUUGCAAACGAACUCGCUCUUAAUCAGAGCCCCAUUGCAGAAGAAGAUUUGGUUGUUCAUGUUCUCAAUCAACUCGGCACUGAAUAUGAUCCUAUAGCCUCCGCCGCGUACAUUCGUGGCUCCACCCUUCCAUUUAUCGAGCUGGGCGACAUUUUACAAGAUUUUGAGCGGAAACUGAAACUCAUGGAUGAGGCAACCUCAUCUAUUGUGGCAACUGCUCAUGCGGCUCAAUGCCAUCAUUCCCAUGGCUCUAGAACUUAUGGUGGACCGGUGGCCAGGUCAUCGUCUCAUUCUUCUCGCCCCUCUGCCAACCAGCGGCCCCAGCACGGUGCUUCUAAGUCAUUUCAUCGUCAUGAUGGGAUGUAUCCUCGUGUCAGUUUUGCUCAAUUCCUGGUCAUGACAUCAAAGUGUGUCGCAAACUAGCUCGUCUCCUUAGGGACAACGGGAUGCAAACCGUGUCGACACCGGCGUACGGUGUCUCGCCUCCAGUAGCACAUGCUACUACUGCUCAUUAGGAUGGGAU